CGGCAGCGGCGAGACCCCGGCGGGCGAGGCGGAGCAGGCGGCGGCGGCCAUGGAGCCCCCCGGGCAAGUCAAGGACCGCAUCCUGGAGAACAUCUCGCUCUCCGUCAAGAAGUUACAGAGUUAUUUUGCUGCUUGUGAGGAUGAGACUCCGGCCAUCCGGAACCACGACACGGUCCUGCAGCGGCUGUGCGAACACCUCGACCAUGCCCUGCUUUACGGGCUCCAAGAUCUCCCGUCGGGCUACUGGGUCCUGGUGGUUCACUUCACCCGCCGAGACGCCAUUGAGCAGAUAGAGGUCCUGGAGCACGUGGCCACUAACCUGGGGCGCAGCCGAGCGUGGCUGUACCUGGCCCUGAACGAGAACUCCCUGGAGAGCUACCUGCGCCUCUUCCAGGAGAACCUCAACCUGCUGCACAAGUAUUACGUCAAGAACGCUCUUGUCUGCAGCCACGACCACCUGACCCUCUUCCUCACGCUGGUCUCUGGCCUGGAGUUUAUCCGUUUCGACUUGGAUCUGGAUGCUCCCUACCUGGACCUGGCGCCGUACAUGCCGGACUACUACAAGCCUCAGUACCUGCUGGACUUUGAGGACCGCCUGCCCAGCUCGGUCCACGGCUCAGACAGCCUCUCGCUCAACUCCUUCAAUUCGGUCACCUCGACUAACCUCGAAUGGGACGACAGCGCCAUCGCACCGUCCAGCGAGGAUUAUGAUUUUGGAGAUGUCUUUCCCGCAGUGCCGCCCACAGUGCCCACCGCAGCUUGGGAAGAUGGAGAUCUGACGGACACCCUCAGCUGCCCGCGUUCUGUGACCUCCGAGCUGAACGGCCGGGCUUCAGCCAAGAGCCCGACGCAGCGUUACAACCCGUUCAACGAGAAGGCGGACGCGCCCUCCUCUGCCGAGACCACCCCAGUGCACUCCGCCUCCCAGGAGAAGGCUGAUGUCAUGACCGAAGGCACGGACCAGUCAGAGAGCUGCACCGAGCUGGAAGUCAUCAGGUUAGCUAAGAAGAAGAAGGCUGGCAAGAAGAAGAAGGCCCGAUCAGAGGAGGCAGCGGCCCUCCCCGCUCCCUCUGCUGCUGCUGCCACAGCCCAGGCAGGGGCGCAAGAGGCGGGCGAGGAGAGCAGGGCUGCCGAUGGAGCCGGGCGCCUGGAAGCCGGCCCCGAGGGCCCUGGGCUCUCCCAGCUGAGGCUGCGCAUCCCUGAGAUGAAGGACGCCUCCAUGGAGCGGGUGGGGCAGUCGCUGAGCAAAGGGAUCAACUUGCUGGAUGGGCAGCUGGGCGCCGGCUGGAGCGGCCCCUCCACCACCACCAGCGGCGACGAGCCCCCGGAGCAGCCCUUUCGGACCGACUCGCCAGGGGAGUCCCCCUCGGAGGGGCCAUCCUCUGGCGGCUCUAGUGCGGGGAUUUCGGCCCCCAUGGACUUCUACCGCUUUACCGUCGAGAGUCCAAACGCUCCUGCAGCAGGUGGUGGCCACUAUGACCCUGCAGGGGAUGGCCAACCGCCACAUGUUCCUGGUGGCCCUGAGGCUGCUCCACAAGAGGAGGAAGGAGGAGGAGGAGGAGAGGGAGACGGAACGGCUGCUGGGCCAGCAGUAGCUGCGGACGUGGAGGCGGAGGCUGCAGGCGGGGAGGCCCUCAGCAGGCUCAAGGGGGGCCGGGCGAGCCCCUCCCCCAGCAGCGCCGAGGACUCCGGGGUGGAGGAGGGGCAGGGGAGCCCCUCCGAGGCAGCCCACCCCUCGGAGUUCAGAGUAGACAACAACCACUUGUUGCUCCUGAUGAUCCAUGUCUUCCGGGAGAACGAGGAGCAGCUCUUCCGGAUGAUCCGGAUGAGCACUGGACACAUGGAGGGGAACCUCCAGCUGGUCUUCGUGCUGUUGACGGAUUGCUACGUGUACCUCAUCCGCAAAGGAGCCGCCGAGAAGCCGUACAUGGUGGAGGAAGCCGUUUCCUACAACGAGUUGGACUACGUCUCGGUGGGUCUGGAUCAGCAGACGGUGACCUUGGUCUGCACCAACCGCAGGAAGCAAUUCCUCCUGGACACGGCCGACGCGACCCUGACCGAGUUUUUCCUGGCAUCUCUCAAGUCGGCGAUGAUCAAAGGGUGCCGGGAGCCGCCCUAUCCCAGUAUCCUGACUGACGCCACCAUGGAGAAGCUCGCGCUGGCCAAGUUCGUGGCCCAGGAGUCCAAGCGGGAGGCCUCCGAAGUGGUGGUGCGCUUCUAUGGCCUCGUUCACUGGGAGGACCCCCUGGACGAGGCCCCGGGGCCCGCCCCUUCCCACUACACCUUGGCCGAGAGCUCCAUCACGAAGGAAGGCAUGCUGAGCUACAAGGCGGGCACCAAUUACCUGGGCAAGGAGAACUGGCGGUCCUGCUUCGUGGUGCUCAGCAAUGGCAUCUUGUACCAGUAUCCGGACCGCACCGACGUCACCCCUCUGCUCUCCGUGAACAUGGGCGGGGAGCAGUGCGGCGGCUGCCGGAGGUCGAACACCACAGACCGGCCCCACGCCUUCCAGGUGAUCCUGAGCGACCGGCCCUCCCUGGAGCUGAGCGCGGAAAACGAAGAGGAGAUGGCCGACUGGAUGCAGUUCCUGUGCCAGGCCGUCUCCAAAGGGGUCGUCCCCCAGGGCGUGGCUCCUGCCCCCUGCAUCCCCUGCUGCCUGGUGGUGACGGAGCAGAAAGUCUUCACCUGCCACGAGGACUGCCAGACCAGCUUCUUCCGCUCGCUGGCCAGCGCCGAGCUGGGGGACGUGGCUUCGGUCUCCACGGAGCCCGGCCGGGAAUACUGCCUCGUGGAGUUUGUCCAGGAUCGCAAGCAAUACCUGCCCCCUUGGGUCCUCUAUUUUAGUUGCACGGCAGAACUGGAGCGGUUCCUCUCCGCCCUGGGCGCCGUGUGGAAAAACACCUACCAGGUCGACCUUUCUCACAAGCUGAUUGAGGAUGGCUGCGUGCGGAAGAAGUGCGAGGAUGCCCUGAGCUUGAUCCACAGCGCGUGGCAGCGCAGCGACAGCCUCUGCCGCGGCCGGGCUUCCCGGGACCCCUGGUGUUAGCCUCCCAGCAGGCGGAGCCGGACACCGUUCUGCAGCGGGAGGGGUUGAAGAAGCCGCCCUUUGCCUCCCAGCAGCUU